CGACUCGAGGGUGACAAGACGUCCGUAGAGAGACUGGAGAGACGAGCCUCGCCAAACCCACGGCGCCUCCUCAUCCUCAUCAUCAUCAUCCUCCUCCCGUCAGCAUGGGACGCCUCUCCCACGCGCUCCUGUUUCUCGGCAUCGUCGCGACCCUUUCCCACGCAACUUGGGCGAUCAGCUGCUCGAGCGACCAGUUUCGGUGCAGCGACGGGACCCAGUGCUUCCCGGGGAGCUGGCGAUGCGACUUGAUCGUGGACUGCGCGGAUCGCUCCGAUGAACGCGGCUGCGGCGGCAACGCUACGUUCCCGACCACUUCAAUCGCGUCAUCAUCUCCACCUUAUCUUCCAACCACGUCUGUUGGCGCGCCCAUCCGACUGGCCGCGGGCGGCGCGUGCCACGGGCGGGUCGAGGUGUUCCACAACGGCUCGUGGGGGACGGUGUGCGACGAUCUGUGGGAGCUGCAAAAUGCCCACGUGGUGUGCCGCCAGCUGGGCUGCGGCGAGGCGGUGUCCGCGCCGCUCUACGCCUACUACGGAGUGGGCAGCGGCCACAUCUGGAUGGACAACGUCCAGUGCUUGGGUCAAGAGACCGAGCUCUCGCACUGCGGCCAGAAUGGCUGGGGAGUUCACGACUGUAGCCACAGCGAGGACGCUUCCGUCAUCUGCUCGCAAGACGCGUGGGCUGCGUCAAGCACGCUGUACACCACAAGCACCACAGAUUUUCUAAUCCGGCUGGCCGGAGGAGGCACAUGCCAUGGCCGGGUGGAGGUGUUCUACAACGGUUCAUGGGGCACGGUGUGCGAUGACAUUUGGCAGGGUUCUCAUGCCGAAGUCGUGUGCCGUCAGCUGGGCUGUGGCUAUGCCCUGUCUGCCCUGCAAAGCGCCUACUUCGGGGAGGGCAGCGGUAACAUCUGGCUGGACGACGUCCAGUGCACUGGCAACGAGUCUCGGCUCUCCGAGUGUGGCCACCCUCCGUUUGGCAUUCACAACUGCGGCCACAACGAAGACGCUUCGGUCAUCUGCUCGAACGAACCAGCCACUACUACCGCCGAUUUUUCCCUUCGCCUGGCUGGAGGCGGCACAUGCCACGGGCGGGUGGAGGUGUUCUACGAGGGCACGUGGGGCACCGUGUGCGGCGACAUCUGGGACCUGCAGCACGCCGGCGUCGUGUGCCAGCAGCUGGGCUGCGGCUCCGCCUAUAUGGCCCCGAGGAACGCGCGCUUCGGACCGGGCAGCGGCCAGAUCUGGUUGGACGACGUCCGUUGCUCCGGCACGGAGUCGCGGCUCUCCGAGUGCCAGCACCUUUCCUGGGGGUAUCACAACUGCGUCCACGGAGAGGACGCCUCCGUCGUCUGUUCUUCGGACUGGUGGGCUAUCCCUACUUUCGACCCGACAACCUUACCUAGUAAGAGGCCCUUUCAUGUUCCUUCUCUUUGCCCGGAGGAACCCACCACUGCCAUUGAUUUCCCGAUCCGCCUGGCUGGAGGAAGCGCGUGCCAGGGCCGCGUGGAGGUGUUCUACAGCGGUUCGUGGGGCACGGUGUGCGACGAUAUUUGGGAGCUAGCUCACGCCCAGAUCGUGUGCCGUCAGCUGGGCUGUGGGCCUGCCCAGGCUGCCCUGCAAAGCGCCUACUUCGGGCAGGGCAGCGGUAACAUCUGGCUGGACGACGUCCAGUGCUCUGGCUACGAGCCCCGGCUAUCCGAAUGUGGCCACCCUCCGUUUGGCAUUCACAACUGCGGCCACAACGAAGAUGCCUCGGUCAUCUGCUCAGAAGCUUCUACGCCUGCAACAGAACCACCUACACCUACCCACUUCAGGGCAUGCCUGUCUCGCCCGUGUCAACAUGGGGGCACCUGCGUGGAGGAGAAUGUCCACCCCUAUUACUCCUGCAACUGCAUCCCAUUCACAUACGGCGAAAACUGUGAAUAUCAAGCAACUCCACGACCAUCGCCUGGAACGGUGAGCCCUACUCCCCCUGCCGCUGGCUGCCAGUCCAACCCAUGUCUCAACGGAGGGACUUGCGACGAUAGCUUGUACUACCCCAACUACUGGUGCGCUUGCAUCUCGCCGUGGUCGGGCAGCAACUGCGACUACUAUGUUCCUACACCUUCCCCUGCUGGCUGCCAGUCCAACCCAUGUCUCAACGGAGGGACUUGCGACGAUAGCUUGUACUACCCCAACUACUGGUGCGCUUGCAUCUCGCCGUGGUCGGGCAGCAACUGCGACUACUAUGUUCCUACGCCUCCCCCUGCUGGCUGCCAGUCCAACCCAUGUCUCAACGGAGGGACUUGCGACGAUAGGUUGUACUACCCCAACUACUGGUGCGCUUGCAUCUCGCCGUGGUCGGGCAGCAACUGCGACUACUACGUUCCUACACCUUCCCCUGCUGGCUGCCAGUCCAACCCAUGUCUCAACGGAGGGACUUGCGACGAUAGCUUGUUCUACCCCAACUACUGGUGCGCUUGCAUCUCGCCGUGGUCGGGCAGCAACUGCGACUACUAUGUUCCUACACCUUCCCCUGCUGGCUGCCAGUCCAACCCAUGUCUCAACGGAGGGACUUGCGACGAUAGCUUGUACUACCCCAACUACUGGUGCGCUUGCAUCUCGCCGUGGUCGGGCAGCAACUGCGACUACUAUGUUCCUACACCUUCCCCUGCUGGCUGCCAGUCCAACCCAUGUCUCAACGGAGGGACUUGCGACGAUAGCUUGUACUACCCCAACUACUGGUGCGCUUGCAUCUCGCCGUGGUCGGGCAGCAACUGCGACUACUAUGUUCCUACGCCUCCCCCUGCUGGCUGCCAGUCCAACCCAUGUCUCAACGGAGGGACUUGCGACGAUAGGUUGUACUACCCCAACUACUGGUGCGCUUGCAUCUCGCCGUGGUCGGGCAGCAACUGCGACUACUACGUUCCUACACCUUCCCCUGCUGGCUGCCAGUCCAACCCAUGUCUCAACGGAGGGACUUGCGACGAUAGCUUGUACUACCCCAACUACUGGUGCGCUUGCAUCUCGCCGUGGUCGGGCAGCAACUGCGACUACUAUGUUCCUACGCCUCCCCCUGAGCCUAUUACCACUGCCAGACACGAAACCACUCACAAAGCAGGACGUACCCCUGUUGACACAGUCGCAUGCAAAAUGUCCCCGUGCAUGAACGGUGGUACCUGCGAGGAUCGUUGGACCUACCCCGACUACCUGUGCUACUGCACAUCGGAAUGGGAGGGCAGCCAAUGUCAAUUUUACGUCGGCACUUUAAGGACUACCGCCGAGCCUCCUACCACUCCCAGUGUGUGCCAGAACAACCCUUGUGGUAAUUCGGGUAUCUGUGUGGAUCAGCCAUACGACUACCCCUACUACCGGUGCUACUGCAUCCCACCCUGGUCAGGCAGCAACUGCCAAUAUUACGCCACCACGACUACUGAGCCUCCUACCACUCCCAGUGUCUGCCAAUCCAGCCCGUGUGCCAAUUCGGGUACCUGUGUGGAUCAACCUUAUUACUACCCCUACUACUGGUGCUACUGCAGCCCACAAUGGUCAGGCAGCAACUGCCAAUAUUACGCCACCACGACUACUGAGCCUCCUACCACUCCCAGUGUGUGCCAGAACAACCCUUGUGGCAAUUGGGGUACCUGUGUGGAUCAGCCAUACUACUACCCCUACUACCGGUGCUACUGCAUCCCACCCUGGUCAGGCAGCAACUGCGAAUAUUACGCCACCACGACUACUGGCAGCUUCUGUACACAUUUUGUAAAUUAG